AUGUUGGUAAUAUACUUUGUCGAAAUAGACUGGCCAUCUACCGGUAAUGGUGACGUUGAUAGCCGUAACGUGAGAUUCGUUGAUCAAGACUAUUAUCUCAGUAUUACUCAAAUCACUCCAAUAAAGCCAGUAAACAAAUUUUUACUGACGGGUUGUCAGCACUUAUCUAAGGCCCACAACCUUGCUAAAGCCUUUCCACGUGAACGGAGUAUCACGAACCUCAUCUUAAUUCUGUAA